AGUUUCGAAUUCCAAAGUGUACGUGAACUUGUAUUGUGUAUACACGAGCGAAACUCAUAUUCAACUAUAUUUACCCUGCAUGACCUGUGCACAAUAUCUGAGCAUUCUCGAACUAUAUUACUGCAAAUCAUCAGAGCAUGUGCCAGUAUGAAUGGAUACCAAAAAACAGGUCUAUACUAGCUAGUACACAUGAUAUACCUAUAGUAGUUAUCUUAAAACCGGAGAUUUCGUAGCUAGAUCCAUGGAUUUCUGCAAGGGUAAACCUCGUAUAGGGGAGAAACCGGAACAGUUGAUGGCAAUUGAGGCUGACUGGGCGAAGUGGUAUGAUGGUGAUAACAAUUCUGAGUUCGAGAUACAUGCUAGUCCAUGGUUGGAGCGAUGUAUAAAUAGAGUAACUGACGGGAAGACUGGUAAGAAAUGGUUUGUCCCACUCUGCGAGAAAUCACCGGCAAUGAAAUGGCUCUAUGAUCACGGCGACGAUGUGAUAGGUGUUGAAUUAGUUGGGAAAGCGAUUGAGAAGUUCUUUGAUACAUACGACAUGAAGUACACCAAAUCCGCCAUACCUCAGCUUCCUUAUGCGUGCUUGUAUCAGAAUGAUGAUAAACGGAUCAACAUAUUCAAGUGCAACAUAUUUGACGUUACAAAAGAGCUAAUUGGAGGACCGGUAGACGCAGUAUGGGACAGAGGGUCUCUCCAAGACAUUGAUCACCAAGAAAGACCAAGGUAUGAUUUCAUUAUCACUGGCUACCUAUCAGUUUAA